CGUCAGACACAGUGCCACGUCAGCAGUGCCACAUCAGCAGUGCCACGUAAUCAGCAGUGCCACGUCAGCAACAUGACGGGCCUGCCAGGCCAACUGGCCAAUGAGACCAUUGUCGCCUACAAGCAGCGUUGCCUGGCUCAGAUAGAGGCUGAGGAACAACGCCUGGCUCAGAUAGAGGCUGAGGAACAACGCCUGCUGGCAGUCAAGGCUGCCCGCGUACAGGCUGAAGAGGCAGCAGCAGCAAAGAAGCUGCGGCGACAGGCCGAUGCAGACGCAGAUUCCCAGGCUCGCCGCAAGGAAGCCCAGGAUCUGCUACAGCGGCAUGAAGCCACAAGCAUCGACAGACUCAAGUUCUGGCAUUUUGAACCGAACGGCGACGAGGCAAAAUCGGAAGAGCAGCAUAAGGAGUUCCUCUCCAAGCUCGUGACACGGUUGCUGUAUGCUUGCAACUACCAACGGUCAGAGUUGGAGAGACAGUACCAGGACCUGACGCAACAGCAUCAGGAGUUGGCGACGCUCCGCCGCACAGUGCAGAGCCACGAGGAUGCAACUCGGGCACUCAAUGCCCGAUUAUUGGACCUGGAACAGGCUGUACCAGGACCAACUGCUGGGGCUUCCAGCAGUGCACCAUCUAGCCGCCAGCUGGAGGAACACGUUGACCACAUCCUGGCAAUGCUCGGCGACAUUAACACCUUCGCUGCGCCGUCCACCAUCAGCACCCAGCUGCAUACCUUGAAGACCGAGGUCCAACAACUGCAGUCGACGAACACAGAUGGCAAUCAGAAGAUGCCAACUUUCCAACUGGAAAAGUUCGACGACUACACACAGCAGGAUCCGACCCUCUGGUGGGAGGCAUUCACGACGCAACUCAGGAUUCUGCCUGUCGCUAAGCACAAGUACAUCGGCGCCCUGUUCCUGAACUCAAAGGGCGGAUGCCAGACCUGGUUGACCCACCUGGCAACCUCCCACGGCGUCGACGUACCAGACUUGAAGGACGUAAUCACAUGGGAGGAACUUACACGGCUGUGGAAGAAGCGGUUCAUCGUCGACGACGCGCCGACACUCGCCAUCAACCGAUUGUUNACUGUUUUCCCUCCCACCCACCCCUUGCAUGCAUCCCGUUUCGGUACAGUGCCACGUCAGCAGUGCCACGUCACAGUGCCAGAUCAGCAGUGCCAGAUCAGCAGUGCCACGUCACAGUGCCAAGUCACAGUGCCAAGUCACAGUGCCGCGUCGGCAGUGCCACGUCAACAGUGCCAGAUCAGCAGUGCCAAGUCAGCAGUGCCAAGUCAGCAGUGCCAGGUCACAUUGCCACGUCAGACAUAGAUUCUGCCUGUCGCUAAGCACAAGUACAUCGGCGCCCUGUUCCUGAACUCAAAGGGCGGAUGCCAGACCUGGUUGACCCACCUGGCAACCUCCCACGGCGUCAACGUACCAGACUUGAAGGACGUAAUCACAUGGGAGGAACUGACACGGCUGUGGAAGAAGCGGUUCACCGUCGACGACGCGCCGACACUCGCCAUCAACCGAUUGUUCACAAUGUCACAGGGCAACAUAGCAACACGGGACUGGCUCACGGAGUGGCAGAAGAUUGCGGCUGUGCCCAAUCUGAACUUACCAUUCGAGCAUCUACGUCGUGAGUUCUACAACAGGUCCUGCGCUGCAUUGAGCCAGGCUCUUGGGGAUCGCGAGCAGUACUCAACCUUCGCGGAGAUCAUUGACAAAGCGAGGGAGAUCAUCAAGACCAACAGCGACGUGUUCGAAGGCCCGCACGGAGUAGUACCGGAUCGACCCAUCCGCCACGAGAUCAUCCUCGAGGACGGGGCCGUACCUCCGCGCGGUUGCAUCUACCGAAUGAGCGAGGAAGAGUUAAGUGUGCUUCGCGCACAACUCGACGACCUUCUAGAGAAAGGCUGGAUUCGGCCUAGCUCAUCGCCAUGCGGUGCUCCUGUUCUCUUCGUCCGGAAGAAGAACAAGGACUUGCGGUUGUGCAUCGAUUAUCGCAAGCUCAACGCGCGGACGAUCAGGAACGCCGGCCCUCUCCCACGCAUCGAUGAUCUUCUCGAGCGAUUGGGCGGCGCCCAGUUCUUCUCCAAGCUGGAUCUCAAGUCAGGGUAUCUUCAACUCGAGAUUCGCAAGGAGGACCGUUACAAGACCGCGUUUAAGACGCGAUAUGGGCAUUUCGAAUGGCUGGUCAUGCCAUUUGGCCUUACGAAUGCCCCGGCCACUUUCCAAGCGGCUAUGACAACGGAGUUCCGACACAUGCUGGAUCGUUACGUACUUAUCUAGCUCGACGACAUCUUGGUGUACAGUCGGAGUUUGGAGGAGCAUGUGGAGCACYUGCGCACCGUUUUGGAGCGGCUACGACAAGCCAAGAACAAAGCCAACCGUGACAA